CCCAUGUCCUGGUCAUUUCUUGGGCGCGGAAUCGAAUAACAGCGUCCAAAUCUUCCACAAGGUCUUUGAUUUCACGCGCGCGGAUGCUCUAGCUAGCACUUACGAUAGGCUGGUUUCACGGAUUGCUCUCACCGGCGUCGUCGAUGUCGACAUCGAAACUCUGUCCGGGUGAAGAGCCCUCAAGGCGCUGAAAUCUUACUUCACCGAGCUCUUCAUGUCGGAUUCUGUGAUGUCUUACUGACCUAACCAGCAGUUUUACGAUAAUUAAUCCUUCGGGCGUGUUGGACGAUAAUAUCUAGUUUAUUUCGCGAUAUGGAAUCGACGCGACUAUUCGAUGUCUCCGGGAUGUGGGUGAAGCACUCUUGGACGCUCGAUCGCAACUUUCAGGAACCAGAGAACGGCAUUCCUUACGCGUGGGCGAUCUGCGACGAUGUUCUGGAUGCUGCCUCGUGCCUUCUCCAGAACCGGCAAUGGGCACGCAGCUCCAAGUGGCUGGUAACUUCGUAGGACACGUCGACUAUUUUCGGUGCAAUACAGAUGGAAAAAUGACACCUCUGACUUUU